CUUUGGAACUGGCUGCUUGCCUCAUCAAAAUCUGAAUCUGACUCCUCUCCGACAAAGUAAGCGUGUUGUUACUGUAUCCGACCAACCGACCGCUUGUGGGUUGUAGUUGUCACUAAUUCGUUCCGUUGGUGGUGGUGAUGGUGGUGUCACGACGGGUGACAAUUUUGCACGCGGACGAAACGACCUUUUUCUCCUCACAUAUCUGAGCAAUAAUAGUUGUCUCACAAAGGAGACGAAAAAGGGAGAAAGUAAGUGAGAGACAGCACUUUUUUCUUAGUGACAACGACGCUUUUGUUUGGUGUUGAUCAUCUCUCACACUCACAUUGGCCAUAAAAGAGACGAAGAAGGUUUUAGCCAAGCGAGCUGUGCAUUUUAGUGGGGACUCGAAUUCUUAAGACGGACGGUAAGCUACAGUCUCACAAGACGAAAAGUGGAGUGGAGGUGAAAUCACGGGAGAAAAUUAGAUUGUUUUUCUAUUUCUUUUUCAUCUUGGUUGAUCGAGUUGGUGAAAGUCUUCUUUUUUUCUUCCUCCUUCACGCUGGGACAAACACUUAUUUGCUGCUUUCUCUCUCUCCACUUGGUUUGGUCGUCCGUUGGUCCGUUUUUUCUGGCGUUAUUGUGUCGAGGGCCGAAAUCGAAUCUGCACUGGAGCAAACAAAUAUAAACGAUCUACACAAUUCACGAUGCGAAACGGAGUGAAAGGUACACGUCCUUGACUGAUGGAUGGACUGGUGGACGACGACGAUGACAGGGUAACAGUGUAAUAAUAGUUAUCAGCUAAAGUCGACUGGUCGUGAGUGAGUGAGUGUCAUUUUGCUCGUCAAGUGGUUCCCGUGCUAAGAAUAACGUGCAAAAGACACCCAACGGGGAAGAGUUUUGGAGAAAGUAAGUAAGCAAAGUUAUUAAUAAGGAGAGGAGGAAAUUCUACUAACAAAGUGAAUUUAGUUAGCGCCUCAAGUUAAAGUUGUACCUAGAUAGACAGUCACUCUCCUUGAACUUGGUUGGUCGUAUCAUCAUCAUCAUCGUCUCGUCCACGGUUGUGACAGCAUCCCGUCUUUUGUCUGAAAAGUGCAUUGCUUCAGAGAGAGGAGAAAGCUACCUCGUGUUUGUGGGAAAGAUUGUGAUCUUCUUGUUCAUAAUUUUGACAAGUUUGGUUGGCAGACUUUAUUGAGGAGACUUGAAAAGAGAGACAAAAUGAGAUUAUUCACCGUUCCACCGCUCCGUUCUGUGCUGCGAGAAGGACAAGGGAAUGAAGGAAAUGUUACUUUUCAGAGUUGUCUCACCACAAACAGCGUCGUUCCACUAAUCGCAUCAAAAUGAGACACGACAAUCGUAUCGUAACCUAAUCUUGUGGCCAAGUUGAGAUGAGACUAGGAUUUUUGAGUGACAAAAUGUGAACAACUUUAACAAACUGACAGGAAGCCAAUAAAAUCACCCAUAUUUUACCCGUGAUAUGGAAUAUUCGACUUUAUCUACGGUAGCCUUGACUCUGGGAUUGUUUGCCCUCGUUUGUCUCACAGCUGGAUGUCUGAUACGACACUGUUGUCCGUUCUGGAUUUCCGAAAAGAUUGGAAUGUUCCGGGAACGGGUUUACCAAACCGAGCUGCACAACUUUUCCAAGAGUCCGUCCCUCUUCUCGUGCAACAUGAUGGGGCGAUCUCACCCCACUCAUAUAAACAUCCCCAUCGUCAUUGUGUCGGACGAGAACGGGAAGCGUGUCAUGGGGGGAAAGGACGCCCACUGCGUGUACGAGAAGCAAGACAUGGAGGAAAUCUUGUGAAAAAAUGUCGUCUUUUUUGCAAAUGCAACCAAUCAUCCAUCCCAUCCAAGUAAAUGAUAUCAAUCACUUCAGAGUACGUAAUAUUCUAUUAUGUAUCACCACCACGAUAGCAAUUAUCUCAUCGUAUCAUCGUAUCGUCAUCGUAUCGUAUUCGUUGGUUCGUACUACGUGUCGUCCUUCGCAUCCUGCCGUCGGCCUGGGUCACAAACAAUUUCAUUUCGGAAUGAAUGCUAUCGCGUAUCGUUGAGUUCAAAUUAUAAAAGUUUUAUCUACGACUCCCUCAGGAAAUUAGAACCUUGUUGUUGAAAUGGAACGUAAAUAAACAUGGACUCGAGGACACGGGUGGAGGAAUCAUCACCGUCUAAUAAAAAUGACGAGGAGGAGAUUGUAUUUACGUGUCAGGGUUAAAAGGUAACCAUUUCGGUGUCUAUCGAAGUCCUUUGGGGACGAAGAGAUAGAUGGAGGAGAUCCAAUUCCAAUUCGCAGCACUCUUUCUGCCUGGCUGGUUGGUUGGCUGCUAAAAUGACAAUCACCACACGAGGGUCGAAUUACCAAUUACUAGGCUAAACUUCAUAAAUUUGCUACAUGAUGGAGGAUGCUAUUUUUAAUACGGUUUCACUAUUUUGAAGUUCCCUAUAUCUAUAUCGUAUGUAUUUAUUUGCAUAUCUACUCGAGCAGUAAUUGGGUAUAAUUAAUUACAAUUUUCCAGCAUGAUUCCUUUCUCCUACCUAAAUUUGUCUUGUGUGGGAGCGAUUUUGUUUGUGAUCCUGAUUGCAGAACACUUCACUUUGGGAGAUUACGUACAUACACAGUCGUCCCAUUAAUUAUUGUGGUGAGGUGGUGGAAAUUCCAAGAAAUUUAUUCCACCACCAGCACGAACGAACGAAAGUCUAUUUAAACUGAAAAGCUUACUUUACUUAUGUACAUACUUUACUUACCUCGGCAAUUUACGACCAGUGAUUGGUCCUAAAAUAUUGUGACAGUCUCAGAAUAAAUGUUGUGCUUUCUCUCUCCUCUCUAAACCACAAGGUGUGUAAGGAUUGCAUAAAUAUAUCACUAUUUGUACGAAGUAAGUAGGAUAUUGCAGGAGGAGGACUGUUACCGCGUCUUGUUUAUAUAAGCUAAAAAUAUAAUUGUGUUGCGUAAUAAUGAAAAUGAUACUGUACUAAUAUUGCUAAUAAGCUGAUGAAACUCGUUGCAAACUGUGACACGACGAAAAGAAAAGAGAUCUAGUUUUCAAAAAAGGCUAGAAAAUAUUAAGCAGAUGAGAGAAUCACUUUUGUACAUAGGAAAGAGAAAGCUGCUUACAAACUACUUAUGUAUGAAACUAAAUUGUACUAAAUUAUUGUCCGAUGCGUUUAACGGAUCCAGUUAUUGAUUAUGAUUAUUAUGUACUACAAAGUAUUAAAUGAGGUGGAGAAAUGUAUUAUCUACAUAUUUAUGGACGUGAAGUGAUAAUUGAUUAAUUAAUUAAUUACUAAUUGAUGAUAAUAAACCGUUCCAUAAAUUC